ACCUCAGUGGCGGAUCCAAAAAUAGUACUGGACGGUAGGUUUGAGUACGAACAUAAGACCAAUGAAUUCGAUUACACACAUACUAAAAUCAAAAAAUCUCUAUCCAAUUCACAAUUUACAACCAAAUUUUUCCUUUGCACUAUGCAUCCAUCUAUCUCAUGUUCAACUAUCCUCAUCUUUCUCCUCUGUUUCCUCACCUCAACUUCCUCUAACCAACUCAAUUCCCUCCUAAAUUUCAAAUCCCAUCUUCAAACCACCAAUGUAAACCUCUUCUCUUCUUGGCUCCCCUCAAAUCCCACCUGCAAUUUCACCGGAAUUUCCUGCAAUCAAGCCGGAAACAUAACCGGUAUCGACCUCUCGAAACAGGCCUUAUCAGGCACCAUUCAUUUCCAAGCAAUAUGCUCUAUAUCAUCCCUCCAAAAACUCGAUCUCGGGUUCAAUUCUCUCUCAGGCAACAUCACUCCCCACCUCAGAAACUGCACUCAACUUGAGUACUUAAACUUGGGUAACAACAACUUUUUUGGCUCAUUUCCUGACAUUUCUCCUUUAAACCAAUUAAAGUACUUAUACUUACAAUUAAGUGGUUUUUCUGGUGUUUUUCCUUGGAAUUCUCUAUCUAAUAUUACUCAAAUCAUCCAACUUAGCUUAGGUGAUAACCCUUUUGAUAUCACUCUGUUUCCUAAACAAAUCACUCAGUUACAGAAAUUAAAUUUGCUGCAUUUGUAUAACACCAGCAUUUCAGGACUAAUCCCACCUGAGAUUGGAAACUUAUCUGAACUUAUCGAUCUCGAAUUGUCAAAUAAUUCUUUAUCUGGAUCAAUCCCACCAGAAAUAUCCAAGCUAAAGAAUCUAAGGCAGCUUAUACUAUGGGGAAAUACUCUUACUGGAGAAAUCCCAGUCGGAUUUCGAAACUUGACGAAUUUACAGCAGUUUGAUGCUUCUAUUAAUAGCUUAACAGGGGAUUUAUCUGAGCUCAAAUACUUGAAUCAGAUUACUUCUCUUGUGUUGAACAGAAAUAAUUUUUCCGGUACGAUUCCGCCGGAGUUUGGAGAUUUUAAGAGGUUGGUGAAUCUGUCUCUGUAUAAUAAUAAGCUCACAGGAAAACUUCCCGCCAAAAUUGGUUCAUGGGCUGAGUUUGAUUAUAUUGAUGUUUCAACAAAUUUAUUAACUGGUGCAAUUCCUCCUGAUAUGUGUAAGAAAGGGACUAUGACGAAGCUUCUGAUGAUUCAGAACAAUUUUUCCGGUGAAAUUCCGGCGAGUUAUGCUGCCUGUUCGACGUUGAAUCGAUUUCGUGUAAGUGAUAACUUGCUCACAGGUGAAGUUCCUGAUGGAAUAUGGGGGUUGCCGAAUUUGGAGACUAUUGAUAUUGCAGAUAAUCAGCUUCGAGGUCCGAUCACACGAGAUAUUUCGAAGGCGAAGAAGCUGCUCCAGAUUUAUGCUUCCAACAAUGAAUUAUCCGGUGUUGUUCCAGUGGAAAUUUCUGACGCUUCAUCAUUGGUUUUGAUUGAUGUGAGCAAAAAUCAGCUGACAGGAGAAGUUCCUGAAAGUGUUGGUAAACUCAAGAAUAUUAACAGCCUUUAUUUGCAUGAGAAUCAACUUUCUGGUGAUAUUCCUGCUUCUCUAGCUGAUUGCCUACAUCUUAGUGAGCUUAAUUUAGCUCAAAACUCGCUUUCGGGUCAUAUACCGAUAUCAUUAGGUUCGUUGCCAACCAUAACUUCUUUGAAUCUGUCACACAAUAAGUUAGUGGGUGUAAUUCCUAGUACACUCUCUUCUCUUCGUCUUAGUCUUCUUGAUUUGUCCUACAAUAAGUUAUCUGGUCCUAUCCCAGGCUCGCUUUCCAUUGAGGCAUAUAAUGGAGGUUUUAUUGGUAACGAUGGCCUUUGUAGUCGAAAUUCUAAGCUUUUUAGGCCAUGUUCAUCAAGACCUCGAGAUCAUUACAUGAUUUUUCUGGUGGUGGGAAUAGUUGUGUUGAUUGUUUUCACCAGUUGUUAUGUAUACAUGAAGUUGCAUACUGCUUGGAAGGAUAAAAAACGCUCAUUGUUACUCAACAACGAUGAUCUUUGGAACAUGAAGUCAUACCAUAUGCUCAAUUUCACUAAAGAGGAUAUACUUAAGUCAAUCAAGCCAGAGAACUUGAUUGCAAAAGGAGGGUGUGGAAGUGUUUACAGAGUCAUCCUUCGAGAUGGGCAGGAACUCGCUGUUAAACAUAUAUGGUAUAUCGAUUUCUCCGAUAAUGAGAAGAAGAAUCGUGCAAGCACACCAAUAUUGGAUAAGAAUGGUGGAAGGAGUAGGAAGAUGAAGGAGUUUGAGAUGGAGGUUCAAACAUUGAGUUCAAUAAGGCAUAUUAACAUUUUGAAGUUGUAUUGUAGUAUAACUAGCAAUGACUCGAGCUUGUUGGUUUACGAGUUCCUGUCUAAUGGUAGCUUGUGGGAUAGAUUGCAUAACAGUAAUGAGGAAUCGGCAUUAGAUUGGCAAAGUCGGUAUGAGAUCGCGUUGGGUGCUGCUAGGGGAUUGGAGUACCUCCACCAUGGGUAUGAGAAACCAGUCAUUCACCGGGAUGUUAAAUCUAGCAAUAUUUUGUUGGAUGAAUUUUUAAAGCCUAGGAUUGCUGAUUUUGGGCUUGCAAAGAUUGUCAAAGAGAAUGUUGUUUGUCCAAAUUCAACUCAUGUAGUUGCAGGAACAUACGGCUAUAUUGCUCCAGAAUAUGGAUACACAUCUAAAGUGAACGAAAAGUGUGAUGUAUAUAGCUUUGGAGUUGUUUUGUUGGAAUUGGUGACCGGAAAAAGGCCGAUCAAUGAGCCAGAAUUCCGAGAGAACGACAUUGUUGAUUGGGUAUCCAUCAAGCUCAGGAACUCGAACGUCAUAUCAAGCAUAAUAGAUUCAAGUAUCAUGGAGUCCGAAAAUGAAGAGGUGAUUAAGGUUUUGAAGAUAGCAAUAUUUUGCACUAGGAAGCUUCCCGAGCUUAGGCCAACUAUGAAGAGUGUCGUUCAUAUGCUUGAAGAGGCUGCACCUUCUAGGUUGGUUCCUUCAUUGAUGGCAAAGGCAGGGCAAAGAAGAUAAAGGAAAGCAAAGAAGUAGGAGUAUUAUGUAGUAACAUUGUGUACUUUGUACAUAAUUUGAAAGUAGAUGUUGCUUAGUUAAGUAGUAGAAGUACUAGCCUAAUGGCUCCUUUGGUUGGUAAUUAUAAGUGACGGUAAUGGUAAUGUAUUGUAGUAUAAAUAUGUUAAAAAAAUUCAAGGUAAUGCUAUCUCAUUUCCAGAUAUUCA